AUGAAUCAUGAUCGGCAAUCGGGUACCGAUUCAGCCUUCAAUGACUCAGAUGGCUCGUACUCAGGUGAGGCAAAGGAAAAGGCUGCACGGGGUGGAAAGAAGACAAGAAUGAGACUCUCUUUUGUCUGUCAGAGUUGUCGCAGAAGAAAGAUUAAGUGUGACAAAGCUCAGCCAAAGUGCGGACGUUGCACUAAAUUACAUUUGGAUUGCGUAUACGAUUAUAAAGACCAAAUCCAUCAAAAGCGCCUGCGGGAUAGGUCCUAUGUGGUUCAAGAUCACUUGCUAGAACUCGAAAAUCGGUUUGAUGAACUGUGGCAAAGAUUCAACGGACCGCAACAACACGAAUGUAACACUAACGUUUUGGAGACGAAAAAGCAAAGCAUUUACGUGAAUUUUUUUGAUGGCAUCCGGCCAAAUAACAUCGAAAGUGCAUUCAAACAUGACCACAAGCCCUUUUCAGACAUGUCAAUGAUACAGAGGCAUUCUAGACUAAACCCCUUUCUCAAGUAUGUGACAAGAUCUUUCAAGCCUAUGAAUCAAGCGGUCAAGAGAAUUAUUCAUUCGAUGGGAGAAAGAAUUGAGCCAAGCUCGGACGAAACGGAUUCGAUUGCUCAUAUCUUAUUUCUAACACCUGAGAUCCGUGAAAUUUUAAGACGCCAUAGGGUAAAUCCAAGUAGAAUCUCUCCAGAUGCAAUUGAAGCUAUUCGCCGCUGCUUUUUGGAGAAAAGCACUAAUCGCGAAGGUAGGCUCUUUGCAGAACCUAUCGAACUUCACAUAUGUGCAUCAGGAGAAGCUUCAAACGAGUUGGCUGAGCAAAUAAUGUCGUCUUUGCCCAACGAAGAUCAAAUAAGAUCCUUAUUCCAGUACUUCUUACGUGUUGUCUAUCCUAUGGUACCUUACAUAAAUAAGCCUGACCUUGAAAAGACCAUAGCUGAAACCUUAUCAUUUUCCCCUACCGGUGAAGUGAUAGCUUUGCAUUUGGGCGAAGGCGAUGAGUGCAGUCAUAAAAUUGGAUGCAUGGCAAUUUUAUUGGUCAUCUUGCGGAUUUCUUAUACUGCCUUGACGGUCGUGGAUAGACCAUUUGGGGGUGAGAUCACCAGUCGCGUUAUUCAUGUGGCCCAAAAGUGUAUUUCUUACUUGAUUUCCACUUCUCAUAAGACAAAUGAAGAUAUCAUGUCAUGUCUAGUAUUAUUACGGUGGUCGUUACUAUUUUCACCUAGAGAGGGCGAAAUUUUAGCUGGAUCAACAACAGAUAGUCUAAUGUCAGCAAUCACAAACCAUGCAGUGAAGCUUGGACUUUAUAGAGAUUGCAUACAGAUUAAUUCUGAAAACCUGAAUAACGACAAGACAAAACAGCAAAUUCAGUAUAGAGCAAAACUGUGGAUGGGUACUUUAAUUCUCUUGCGAUCAGAUAUGUGUUUGAGAGGAAACUUCCCGAUGCUUUGUGAUGAAUAUUUGAAUAUGGUGGUAAAAGAAAAGGCACUAAGCAGCUUUGAAAGUUCAGUAGAGCUGGAGAUUCAUAAAAUUUUGCGUAUGCAACUUGAUCUUUACAGUGAGUUGAGUGUCUUCGAUAAACUAUCACUUACCGUUCACGAUGCUAUCGAUAUUGAUGACAUAUAUCCACAAUUGAGAAAAGUUGAGUACAAGCAACAGCUGCGAUGUCCGCUUCCUGACAAAUGCGUAGACGUCAAUGACAGCUCUGAAGAAGCAAUUAUUCAAAGUAUGAUUAAUGCUAUGCGUUUAAAGGUUAAUAUAAUGAUACGGAUUUAUUUUCUUGCUAUCCGUGCAGCGAUUGUUGUCAACCUCGAAAAGCAAAUAAAAGAAAAGGGAGCAAAUCUCGAAUAUCUCUUGUCCCGUUACAAAGAACUGUACGUCGAAUGCUUCGAGGUCACACUUGAUUUGACUGAAAUUUUGCGAACAUAUAUGAGCAGCUUAGAGGACAAUCAAAAAAAUUAUGUUCUUGCUGAUCACAGAUAUGUGCUUAAUAAGAUUGUACAAAUUGGUAUUUUUCGGGUGUCAUAUUACUUUGUAGGAAUAAUUCUGACCUUGAUACAUGUCAAAAGGAGUCUCUCCCGUAUCAUGUGGGAACAUAAGAAUCAGCUAACGUUGGUUACAGAAGUUGAUUACAAGAUAUCAAUUAUAGAUUCGAUAUCAAAGAAGGUUUUUUCUCAUAUACGAAGAUUUGUGGAGCUUGGAUCACUGACACUGGCAGAUCGGUAUUUCGCAUCAUUUAAGCAGUUCUUAUUUCUAGAUCACUCGAUGCAGGUAAUCCAUAAUGAGCUUAAUACGGACACGCCCAGUGAAUUAGCAGAUAUACUCAACCUUGAAAAUCUUCCUGUUCAAAUCGAUUAUUCCCCUGUGGAUUGGGAACACCUGAUGAGUUUUAUUUCCAAAUCUUUGGAUCAAGACGAUAUAGAACCUCAACUAGCAUCCGCAGACGAUAUUUUAGCCGAAACCAUUACACAGCCUAUUCACCCAACUGAAUCUGAACCAUUCAACUCAGUGCUUCAUCUUGAUGAUGAAAUUAACAUCCAGAGUAUGUUAAAUGGUGAUUACACAUGGACUGACAUUAUAUAA